CUUUUUGUGACUGAAACAUUUCUGAGAUCUUUUAUUUCAGCUCAUGAAACCUUUCGACCAACACUUUACAUGUUGCAUUUAUAUAGACCACAAGCCUGACUGUUACCCACUUUUUAUUUAUUAUUAGAAUAGAUGUAUUCCCCGAUUGGAUUGUACAGCCUACUGAUGAGUUCAUAUGUUACCGGUACAGCCAGAAGAGGACUGGCUUCCCCUCAGAGCCUGGUUCCUCCUUUCUAGGGAGUUUUUCCUAGCCAAUGUGCUUCUACAUCUGCAUUGCUUGCUCUUUGAGGUUUUAAGCUGGAUAUAUUUUAAAGCACUUUGUGAAAACUGCUGAUGUAAAAAGGGCUUCAUAAAAUGCAUUUGAUUGACGUGUAUGUCACAUCAACUGAUUGGUUCUGAUGUUGUUCACACAGGAGACCAUGUUGAGACAUUCUCUACAUCCAGAGGGCAACAGCAGGAAGAUCACAGAGCUAAGAGGUCUCACCACUGCCCACAUUGUGAGAAGAGUUUCCCAAUUCUAUCAAAUCUAAAAAUUCACCUAAAAAUACACACAGACCAGAAUCUGUAUUCCUGCACAGAUUGUGAGAAGAGAUUCACAACAUCACAGGCUCUGACAGCUCAUCAGAAAGUGCACACUGGAGAGAAGCCAUACUUCUGCUUUGUCUGUGGGGAGAGUUUCUUUCAACAGGGCCAUCUAAAAACCCACCAUCGAAUACACACAAGAGAGAAGCCAUUCUCCUGCUUUGACUGUGGGGAGAGUUUCUCUCAACAGGGCCACCUAAAAACCCACCAACGAAUACACACAGGAGAGAAGCCUUACUCCUGCUCUGACUGUGGAAAGAGUUUUUCUCAACUGGGCAGCUUAAAAACACACCAACGUAUACACACAGGAGAGAAGCCUUACUCCUGCUCUUACUGUGAUGAGUGUUUCUCUCAACUGGGCAACUUAAAAACACAUGAACGUAUACACACAGGAGAGAAGCCUUUCUCCUGCACUGACUGUGGGAAGAGCUUCACAACAUCACAAGCUUUGACAGUUCAUCAGAGAGUGCACACUGGAGAGAAGCCUUACUACUGCUCUGAAUGUGGAAAGAGUUUCUCCCAAUUGGAUAUGUUAAAAUGUCACCAACGAAUACACACAGGAGAGAAGCCUUACUCAUGCUCUGACUGUGGUAAGAGUUUCUCUCAACUGGGCAACUUAGAAGCACACCAACGUAUACACACAGGAGAGAAGCCUUACUCCUGCUCUGACUGUGGGAAGUGCUUCACAACAUCAGCUGAGCUAAAAGUUCAUAAAAGAUCACACACAGGAGAGAAGCCUUACACCUGUUCUGACUGUAGAAAGAGUUUCUCCCGAUUGGAUAUGUUGAAAUGUCAUCAGCGAAUACAUACAGGAGAGAAGCCUUACUCCUGCUCUGACUGUGGAAAAAGGUUCUCCCAACUGGGCAACUUAGAAGCACACCAACGUAUACACACAGGAGAGAAGCCUUACUCCUGCUCUGACUGUGGGAAGAGUUUCUCCCGAUUGGAUACCUUAAAACGCCACAAAUGUAUACAUAAAGGGCAGAAGCCUCAUCAGUUUUCUCAGACCAGCUAAGACUUAAAGUCACUCCAUCACUUAAAUAUGCACUAUGUAGAAAUCACUCCACCAUUUCCUGCAUGUUAAAAUUGCAAUAGUUCUAAAAUAAGCAGCCAUUGUGUAGUGAAUCAUUGUACCAUCUAAACCUCUGUGAAAUAUAUUUUCCAUUCUCAAAAUAUUGUAUUUUCAGCUGUUGUACAAAAAUGGAAGUAAAAAACAAAACUUCAGAACGGGAAGCAUAGAAAUAGUGCACAUAGAACAGAUCUACUGCUUCUUAGACCGGGAGAAGCCUUACUCCUUGUCUGACUGUGGAAAAGGCUUCACAGCACUGGGUGAUCUAAAAGUUAAUCAGGGAACACACUCCUGGGAAAAGCUUGUGUGUACUGCACUGCCUGUGGGAAUAUUUUAUCUCUAUUGGACACCUUAGCUCGGCUUGGGUGUUAUCCAGAUUGUCAUACCGUCAUACUGACCUUGUGCCAUACCAGAAUAUUAGGUAACUGCACUCAAAUUAUAUAUAGGUGAGAAGGAUUACUUUAUCCUAUCCUAGGUAUUCCUUGAAGAGGUGGGGUUUCAGGUGUCUCCGGAAGGUGGUGAUUGACUCCGCUGUCCUGGCGUCGUGAGGGAGUUUGUUCCACCAUUGGGGGGCCAGAGCAGCGAACAGUUUUGACUGGGCUGAGCGGGAACUGUACUUCCUCAGUGGUAGGGAGGCGAGCAGGCCAGAGGUGGAUGAAC